AUGGAGCCCACCAACCAAGUGUUCGAAGAAGACCGCAAGACCAUCGACGAGGACUCCGACGAGGACUUCGUCGAUGUCCUCGACGACGACAUUCUCGUCUACACAGGCGAAAGAUGGCAUACGCAGAUGGCAUUGGUGCCAUCGCUGCCCUCGGUGCCACUGCAGCCUGUUGGACUUGGGAAGAAGAAAAGGAAACGUGACUCCGACGGUACUCCUUCUCCGAGGCCAGCAAAGAAGCGCAGACCGGCUUUUGCAAACCUGCACGAGUUGCUGGUAACCUACCGCGGCUUGCAGGAAUGGGAACGCAAGAUUAGCGAAGAUCUUGCAUACUGCCAGAAGCUGAUAGCCAAGCACCAUAGCGGCAGUAUAUUCCAGCCCAAGUAUCGUCCGGGGUCUGAACCGCCUCCCUUCCAAUACUUUCCGUCUCCCUUGUGUGAGGAGACCGCGGUAGAUGCGUUGGAGGAUGCCUGUGUGGAGGAUGCCUGUGUUGAGGAUGCCCGUGUGGAGGAGGUAAGCGACGAGGGAGACCAGAACCAACCAGAGGGGCAUUCCUCGUUUUGGGGGCAUGUGCAACAAUUCUUCUGGAUGAUGUGGUGA